AUGGGGCAUCCCGUCGGCCACUCUGCCGUCACCCGCAAAGCCCAAGAGAUCACCCUACUCGAUUGUGGCGAAGGUGUUGGUGAGGGUUGGCAUAAGCGCUUCAAGGAGGGCUACCCUGCCCUUACCUCUCGUUUGGCCCAGUCGCUGUCGUUGGAGUACAAUUGCGUCGACCCGGCGGACCGUACCACCCUCUGCAACACCCUAGCUAAGCUCGUAAUUGAGCUGAAACUAGAUCCCUCACGUGUUUUUGACAUUGCUGAGACAGCGUUCCAGAAGCAGCUCAAGAGCAAGAUCGUGGUUGCCGCUCGAGGAUCGAGUAACGGGUGGUGCACCGAACCUACCGCCAGUUCCCACCUGAACAUCGUGGCGUCCACAAGUGCAAGUGGUUCCGUUGUGCCUCCUGUGUUCAUCUUGCACGACAAGCCAGUCUGGUGCCAGAUAUUGAAGGGCUGCGUGGUGCCCGGCGCUGCUGUGACGACAUCGCCAUCGGGAUUUAUGAGCACGGACCUUUUCAAGGAAUGA